AUGCUGUCCCUCUUCGGCCACAGCACAGGCAGACGGGCCUCAAACCAGCCAGAGCAGACGCCAACAGUCACCUCAGCUCAAUCGUCGAGAAUACCACGCCUCGCCUCCAUCAGAAUCCGCAUCCGAUCCCGAUCAGCAGCACCGCUCCGACAAUCAGACAACAUGCCAAUCUUUCCCUCGCUCCGGUUGGACACAAAUCGUGCACACUUCCGCUCUCUCCGGCCUGGAUGGACCUAUGUCGACCGACUUGGCAGGGGCAGUAAUCGUCGUAACUACUUUAUUCGCGCUGCUCCAGGACGUACCACGCCUUAUACGCCUCCUCCAUGGCCUGUGCCCGACGAGGACUACUUCUACUGUGACACUGAGUCUGAUCAUGACGAUUGGAGUGAUGAUGACUGGCCUGGACCGUAUCCUGGAGGGGAGGAACAGGAAGAGACGAAAGACCGGUCGGAGAUAUUGCUGCAGGGCAGGGAGUCCCUGUUCCUCCGAUAUCGAUACCCAAUGGCGGUGAUGACAGGCACCGCACAGGGCGGCGCGUCCAUUGGCCGGAUGAGCGGUCUGAGGGAAGGCUAA